CCCCUCGCUCCCCAUAAACCCUAACCCAACAAAAAAGACUGACUAAAAAGGCAAAAAAAACCAUUUGUUUUGCUGGAAACCAAACCAUGAUCAGUCACCCUUCCUUUUCCUCUAGUUUCAAACACAAAUCAUGGAGCUAACCCUAGCUCAUCGCAGCCUUUUCUUUCCUCUUAAAAGAUGUUAAUUUUCUUGCGCAGUCUCUUCGGCAUCGGACGCAGAACCUCUCAUCGUCUCACCGCCUUCUCCCAUAACCCUAAUCACAUCUCCAACACUUGUUCUUCAUCUCCAUCUCUAGUUUCUCCUUUCAUUUGGUUGAGCUGUUUCAUCUGCUUGAUUCGCUUUCCCUUUGUUAGCAACCGGCAUUUUCACAAUUUUGACUGUUUUAACAAGGAUUCUGUCCGAGAAAUCGUUCGGGAACAACGCUGGGACGAUUUUCGGAUUGUGAGUUUGUUUGAUUCGGCUUUGGCGCCGAUUUGGGCUUCUAGGGUUUUGGUGGAAUUGAGCCAGGACGCGAGGCUGGCAUUGAGGUUUUUCGAAUGGGCCAAGGGUAGGAUUGGGUUUCAGCAUACUUCGGAGGCCUACUGUAUUCUAGUUCACAUAUUGUUUUGUGCUAGACUUUACUCCGAUGCCACUGCGGUCUUGAAAGAAUUGAUUUGUUUGAGGCGGGUUUUGCCCAGUUGGGAUGUGUUUGAUUUGUUGUGGGCCACGAGGAAUGUUUGUGUUCCGGGUUUUGGCGUUUUUGAUGCUUUGUUUAGUGCUUUGAUUGAGUUGGGGAUGCUUGAAGAAGCGAGUGAGUGUUUUUUGAAGAUGAGGAAGUUUAGGGUGUUUCCGAAGCCUAGGUCUUGCAAUGCUCUUUUACAUAGGCUUUCAAAGGUGGGGAGAGGGGAUUUGUCUAGGAAGUUUUUUAAAGAUAUGGGUGCAGCGGGGAUCAAACGGUCGGUCUUUACUUAUAAUAUAAUGAUAGACUAUUUGUGCAAAGAAGGGGAUUUGGAAAUGGCGAGAAGCUUGUUUACACAGAUGAAAGAGGCAGGUUUCAUGCCGGAUAUUGUAACUUACAAUUCUCUUAUUGAUGGGCAUGGAAAGUUGGGGCUAUUGGAUGAGUGUAUAUGUAUAUUUGAACAAAUGAAGGAUGCAGCAUGUGAUCCUGAUGUUAUAACAUAUAAUGCUUUAAUAAACUGUUUUUGUAAAUUUGAAAGGAUGCCAAAGGCCUUUGAGUUUCUCCAUGAGAUGAAGGCAAAUGGGUUGAAACCAAAUGUUGUAACAUAUAGCACAUUUAUUGAUGCUUUUUGCAAGGAAGGGAUGUUGCAAGAGGCAAUAAAGUUUUUUGUUGACAUGAGGCGAGUUGCACUCACUCCUAAUGAAUUCACAUAUACGUCUUUGAUUGAUGCGAAUUGUAAAGCAGGUAACUUGGCUGAAGCUUUGAAGCUGGUUGAGGAGAUAUUGCAGGCAGGAAUUAAGUUGAAUGUUGUUACUUAUACGGCAUUGUUGGAUGGUCUUUGUGAAGAAGGGAGGAUGAAGGAAGCAGAGGAAGUGUUUAGGGCAAUGCUGAAAGCUGGGGUGACCCCUAACCAGGAAACCUAUACUGCCCUUGUUCAUGGCUUUAUUAAAGCUAAAAAAAUGGAGUAUGCCAAGGAUAUUUUAAAAGAAAUGAAAGAAAAAUGUGUCAAACCAGACUUGUUGCUCUAUGGAACGAUUUUGUGGGGCCUUUGCAAUGAAAGCAGACUUGAGGAAGCAAAGCUUUUAAUUGGCGAAAUUAAGGAAAGUGGUAUAAAUACAAAUGCUGUCAUUUAUACAACUCUUAUGGAUGCCUAUUUCAAGGCAGGUCAAGCCACUGAAGCACUCACUCUGUUAGAAGAAAUGCUGGACUUGGGUUUAAUCCCCACAGAAGUGACUUAUUGUGCAUUAAUUGAUGGCUUGUGCAAAUCAGGAUUAGUGCAGGAAGCAAUGCACCAUUUUGGUAGGAUGUCAGAAAUUGGUUUGCAACCCAAUGUUGCAGUUUAUACUGCUUUAGUUGAUGGCUUGUGUAAAAAUAAUUGCUUUGAAGUGGCCAAGAAGCUGUUUGAAGAAAUGCUGGACAAAGGUAUGAUGCCAGAUAAAAUCGCUUACACUGCUUUGAUUGAUGGGAACAUGAAGCAUGGCAAUCUUCAGGAAGCCUUGAAUUUGCGAGACAGGAUGAUUGAAAUUGGAAUGGAGCUUGAUCUGCAUUCUUACACUGCCCUGAUUUGGGGACUGUCUCACAGUGGUCAAGUGCAAAAAGCAAGGAAUUUGCUUGAUGAGAUGAUUGGAAAGGGUGUGCUUCCUGAUGAGGUUGUUUAUAUGUGUUUGAUAAAGAAGUAUUAUGCACUAGGGAAAGUGGAUGAAGCUCUAGAACUGCAGAAUGAAAUGGCAAAGAGGGGUAUGAUUACUGGUCUUAGUGAUCAUGCUGUUCCUAGUGUGCAAACUUAAGAUGUAUAAGUGCUUGCACAUCUCAAUUUGUUGGUUCUGUGUUGAAAUUUUCAACUAGCGAGAUGAAAAUGAUUCAUUUUAUUUUCAUUGAGAAGAAACAGGGUUCAUGAAAUACAAAAAUACUGGAUGGAUGUGAAAGACUUGUUGCUAGCAUAUUGUUGAUGAUGAUUUGCUGAUAUGAGCUGUCCUUGGAUACCUAUGGACACUUGUUAAAAAUCCUUAGCGAUCUCAUAAUGCAAAAUCUGCUAGAGCAAGUUCUUACUCCUGAGCAUUCAUGUCACUAUCAAUAGAUGGAAUUUUAUAUCUCUGCCACACAAACCUAUUCAACUUCUUACAAGCCAGUUGGAUCCUAAGUUGGAAGAAAGAUGUUGACUCAGGUUCACGUUAGCAUGAAAUCAGCCAAGUGAAACUGUACAACACAGUUUAGAGGGAAAAAAAACCUUUGCUUAGUUACCAUUUAUGGUUUGUCCAAAUUUAUCUUCAUGUGGAGAUGGUGGAUGAAAUUCUUAUUAUGGUUAAACAAAUUCAAGUCAGAUGGAUCACACCAUGGCUGCUUAUAUGAGAUGACAGGAACUGAUUCUCCACUCUCUCUUUAGCACAUGAAACAACCUCACCUUCACCCCCCAGCCCAUUGCUCCCACUCCUUGGAAGCACUUGUGAUAGUCAUGGUGGGACCUCCCGCAACAGCUGGAUUGCAUAGCAAGACAGGCCCACCACCACCUGCAAAUGAUCCAGGUGUCUUUCUCCUGUCUGAUUUCACCAUAAAGCCCAUUGCAAGUGAUGGUGAAGAGUGGUAUCUUUGUCCACUACAACAGAACGACCACAGUAAUCCCCUAUCUUUUUGAACACCUGACACCAGAAAUACAAUGGAAGCCACACCAGAAAAAGAAGAUUCUGGACGCCUCUCUCAUAGCUAAUGAGGUGGUUGAUUAUUGGCAGAAGCGGAAAGAGAAAGGGCUGGUUUGCAAACUGGAUAUUGAAAAAACCUAUGAUAGUAUUAAUUGGAACUUCCUCGUGAAGGUUUUGCACAAGAUGGGCUUUGGGUCUCAUUGGAUGGAGUGAAUUUGGUGGUGCAUCUCAACUGCAAAAUUUUCUGUUCUUGUCAACGGGGUGUCAACAGGCUUCUUUUCCAGUUCAAAGGGGCUGCGUCAAGGAGAUCCCAUUUCUCCUUACCUUUUUGUUUUGGGUAUGGAAGUGCUGAGUGCACUUAUAAGAAGGGCUGUUGAUGGGGGCUUCAUUUCUGGUUGCAGACUUCGAGGGAGAGGGGGGAUGGAGAUGAAUGUGUCCCACUUGCUCUUUGCUGAUGACACAAUCAUCUUCUGCGAAGCAAGGAAGGAGCAUCUAACUCAUCUUGGCUGGAUUUUGGCGUGAUUUGAGGCGGCUUCUGGUCUUAGGAUUAAUCUGGCUAAGAGUGAAUUAAUUCCUGUUGGGGAGGUUGAAGAUAUUGAGGAUAUGGUUGUGGAGUUAGGGUGCAGAGUGGGGGAUUUUCCUGUUAAGUAUUUGGGGCUGUCCCUUGGAGCCCAUCACAAGGCCUUGUCUAUGAGGGAUGGGGUGGAAGAAAGAAUGAGGAGAAGAUUAGCUCUUUGGAAAAAGCAUUACUUGUCUAAGGGCGGGAGAAUUACCCUCAUUAAAAGUACAUUGGCCAGUAUUCCCAUCUACCAAUUGUUCCUUUUUUGAAUGCCCAAGUUAGUGGUAAAAAGGCUUGAAAAAUUACAAAGAGAUUUUCUUUGGGGAGGGGGAAGCCUGGAAAGGAAAAUCCACUUAAUCAAUUGAGAGGUGGUGUGCACUCAAAAGGAGAAGGGGGGUCUUGGCAUUCGGAAGAUUGUUUUAUUGAAUAAGGCUUUGCUGGGUAAGUGGAUAUGGAGAUUUGCCUUUGAAAAAGAUUUAUUUUGGAAGAAGGUGAUCGGGGUGAAGUAUGGCCAAGAGAGAUGUGGUUGGAGAACUAAUGAAGCUCGUGGUAUUUUUGGAGUGGGGGUUUGGAAGGAGAUCCUGAAGGAGGCAAGUUGGUGUUGGGAUAACAUUGAGUUCAAGGUGGGGAAGGGAACUAAGGUCAAGUUCUGGAUUGACCAUUGGUGCAGGAACGCAGUGCUGUCCCAAAAUUUUCCCCAGCUUUAUGCCAUGGCGGUCUUUAGAAAUGCAACGGUCAAUGAAGUGUGGGAUUCAAGCCUUGGUCAAGGAGGGUGGAAUCUCAGAUUGUCUAGAGAUUCUAAUGAUUGGGAGUUGGAUGUAAUAGAAGAGCUGCUUCUUUUGCUAAGGGACUUCAUGAUUUCUUCAGAAGAGGACUUAGUGUUAUGGAAAGGAGGGGGUCUUGAUAUUUUUCAGAUUCGGGAUGCUUAUAAUUUGCUGGCUGCCCCCAAUCCCCUCGUCUUUCUGAAAAAGAGCAUUUGGGUGGAUAAGGUUUCAAUCAAAGUUGCUUUCUUUGCGUGGGAGGCUACUUGAGAAAAAAUCCUCACGUUGGAUAGGCUUCAAAAACGAAGGUGGCAGCUCUCUAAUCAUUGUUAUUUGUGUGGCUGUGAAGAGGAAAAUGUAAAUCACAUUUUUUUACAAUGUACAGUGGUCAGGGUCCUCUGGGAGAUCGUCUUUGCCUUGUUUGGGGCUCAAUGGGUGUUCCCAGAGACAGUCAAAGAGGUGUUAUUUUGUUGGAGGGGCCUUUUUGUGGGGAAAAA